UUUCAGUUUGUGAUUAUGUGAAUAAUUUCAGUUUUCCUACUUUACGUUCGGCACACAGGCACAUCUGUGGACACCUCCUUACCCAGAGUUUUAAUGUGACCUCUACUGCAGUUGAAAAUACUUGGGAGUGGAGGCAGAAUCCAUUGAUUUUUCUUGACAAUGUAGGGGUGUAUGAAAAGAUACGGUGACAAAUUGAAUGAGAAACCUCUUCUUUUUGUGUAUUAGAAUCGUAGGAAGCGCUUAUGUGCUCCUCGCCGCUUGAUUUCCGAGUCGGAGAGCUCAGUGUUGCCGGGGUAGAGUUCGUUUUAGCUGCACUGCAUCAACAUGGGUGUGAUCGGUGUGCAGCUUGUGGUUACCAUGGUAAUGGCCAGUGUAAUUCAGAAAAUCAUACCUCAUUAUUCCUUGGCAAGAUGGCUACUCUGCAGUGGCAGUUUGCGGUGGUACCAGCACCCUACGGAAGAUGAGUUGAGGAGCUUAGCUGGGAAACAAAAAGGACAGAAAAGGAAAGACAGGAAGUACAAUGGUCACAUAGACAGUAAGCCCCUAACAGUCCCCAAGGACAUAGACUUACAGCUGGAGACGAAAUGCAUCACAGAAGUGGACACAUUAGCUUUGCACUACUUCCCAGAGUUCCAGUGGCUUGUGGAUUUCACAGUAGCAGCAACUGUGGUUUAUCUGAUAACAGAGCUGUACUACAGUGUGGCUCAGCCCUCGGGAGAGAUGAACAUCAGUGUGGUCUGGUGCCUACUAGUACUCGCCUUUGUUGUUAAGACGCUUUUUUCUCUAACUGCCCAUUACUUCAAGCUGGAAGAAAGCGGCGAGCGCUCACUCUGCAUUACUUUUGCUUUCUUCUUUUUUGUUAAAGCCAUGGCCAUUCUUAUUGUCACUGAAAACUACUUGGAGUUUGGUCUGGAGACAGGUUUUGAAAACUUUUCUGACAGCGCUCAACAGUUUCUGGAGCACCAAGGCCUCGACUCCCAGGGUCCCAUAUCUAAGCUCACCUUCAAGUUGAUCCUGGCACUGCUUUGCUCUCUGAUCGGAGCGUUUCUAACUUUCCCUGGUCUACGGUUGGCCCAAAUGCACCUAGAUGCACUCAACCUAACUACAACCAAAUUUACACAGACUCUGCUUCAUAUCAACUUCCUGUCCCCUCUCAUCAUGGUCCUGCUGUGGGUGAAGCCUAUUACCAAGGAUUACAUAAUGAACCCCACUCUGGGAAAGGAGAGUGUGCCUUUGAUGACUGAACAGACGUAUGAUACUUUGCGGUUAUGGGCGAUCGUACUGAUGUGUGUGCUGCGGCUUGCUAUGAUGAGACAUCACUUGCAGGCUUACCUCAACUUGGCCCAGAAGGGUGUGGAUCAGAUGAAGAAGGAAGCUGGACGGAUAAGUACUGUGGACCUGCAGAAGAUGGUUGCACGUGUUUUUUACUAUUUGUGUGUUAUUGCACUACAAUAUGUGGCACCCCUGGUGAUGUUGCUACACACAACCUUGCUGCUAAAAACCUUAGGUGGUCACUCCUGGUGGGUUUAUCAUGAAGAAGACCUGCCUUGCACCCAUGAAAUGAACUCGGACUCUAUAAUGGGUGAAGCACCAACAGCAGCUACGGUGAUAGAAACAGGAGCCCGAGCAUCAGUAGCUCAGCUCUCAGUGGCCCUGGGAGGCCUGCGGACUGUUUUCAGCCCCUUGCUUUUCCGGGGCCUCUUCUCCUUCUUCACUUGGUGGAUUGCUGCCUGCCUUUUCUCCACCUCCCUAUUUGGCCUCUUCUACCAUCAGUAUCUCAUGGCGGCAUAGCAUCACCAGGCCAACCCCCCCCCUCCAGCUGCACACACACACACAACCGCAGUGCAACUAAUGUGUACAGCCUGAUCAAAAAGGACUGAGUGGGGGGGGGGGCAAAUGGAGGCC